AUACAUACAACAAACAAUUCUAUAUUUUCUUAAUAAAUAUUGUUACCUAUCUCUCUCCACACUUUUUCUCUCUCUUAGGGUUUCAGAGAGAUUUCAAUCUCAGUCCGAUGACAUCUCCGGCGACAUCAGCAUCACCGAACAAACAGCAAUUCCUCAGCAGCGUCCUCUCGCAACGCGGUCCCUCAUCUCUCCCCUACUCUGAAGACUGCAAAUGGCUGAUCCGUCAACAUCUCGUCUCUCUCGCUGAUUCCUAUCCGUCUCUCCAACCUAAAACUGCGACCUUUACGCACAACGAUGGCCGUACGGUCAAUCUCCUCCAGGCGGAAGGUACGGUUCCGAUGAUCUAUCAGAAUGUUACUUACAAUAUUCCUAUUGUUAUUUGGCUUAUGGAAUCGUAUCCACGUCAUUCUCCUAUUGUUUUCGUUAAUCCGACUAGAGAUAUGAUUAUUAAGCGGCCGCAUCCGUUUGUUAAUCCGUCGGGGAUGGUUUCGAUUCCGUAUUUGCAGAACUGGAUAUAUCCUAGUUCUAAUUUGCUGGAUUUGUGUCGGAAUUUGUCGCAUUAUUUUGGGCGCGAUCCGCCUUUGUAUUCGCAGCGUAGGCCUGUGCAGAAUGUUAGCCCUAGUCCUAGUGUCAGUCCCAGUAUGAGUCCUAGUGUUAGUUUUGAUUCAAGUUCUGGUGGUGCGGCUGCGCGGCCUGCCAUUCCGCCUGGGACGUAUCCACCCUCGCCGUAUAGUAGUGGAGGGAGGAUGCAGUUUCCGGUGCCGACGCAGCCGGCUCCUCCGCAGAGGAUUAGUGAGGAUGCUGGGGAGGUUUUUAGGAGGAAUGCAAUUAAUAAGUUGGUAGAGAAUUUACAUGGUGAUAUAGGGGCCAUGAGGAAGAGUAAGGAAGCUGAGAUGGAAGGAUUGUUUGGUGUUCAAGGGGCGCUGAGGCAGCGCGCCGAACAUAUAUCCAAAGGGGUCAGGGAAAUGGAAGGGGAGAAGGAAGGGUUGGAAAUGCAGUUACAGAUGGUUUCCAUGAAUACUGAUGUGUUGGAAGGGUGGUUGAGGGAGAAUGAGGGAAAGAAGAAGGAUGGUGUUGGUAUUGAUGAUGCUUUUGUGCCAGUAGACAACUUCUCUAAGCAGAUGCUGGAGUGUACAUCAGCUGAUUUAGCUAUUGAGGAUGUUGUGUAUGCGCUGGAUAAAGCUGUUCAGGAUGGAUCAAUUCCUUUUGAUCAGUACUUGAGAACUAUUCGGUCAUUGUCUCGUGAGCAGUUCUUUCACCGUGCCACAGCAUUGAAGGUCAGGGGUGUUCAGAAUCAAGCACAUGUUUCUAGUAUGGCUGCUAGGGCAUCACCAUAUCUGGCAUAGUUUUGCUAUUCAUUUACUUUCUGCAGAAGACAGAUGCAAGGAUGAGGAACUUAGUUGUUGUGGUAUGUCAAUCCAGGUGUCCUCAAGAUAUGAAUGUUUGAUAAUCCAUAUGAUACUUGUUAAGAUCGUUUGCUGUAAAAUACGCUUACUGGUGCUAUAUACUCUUUGUUUUUCA